AUAUAGAGGCUUUCAGACUCUAAAUUAUGCUUACACUCCACACGGAUCUGAAACCCUUACAUUGUCGUGGUGGUCAUUGUCCUCUGUAAAUGGUUAUAGUGGAGUGCGGCACAAAUGGACAGUCGCAGGAAAAUUCUUGCUGGGCAAUCUGAUUGCUAUGCUCUUUGUCUCACUGACCUGUUUCACUUGGAAUUUGGGAUUUGGGCCUCCUCCCGCAUGCUUUCUCAAACCGCAGCCCGAUCACUACCAUCCUUUUGCCCCGAGAUGACACGUAAAGGUACUCUACCUUUUCGCCGUUCUCCUGUCUUCCCACGAUACGGAAGGAUCAAAGCCCCUGACCGGGGUGGAUCACGCAUAAUUUUGUCCGCUCACAUCGUUCCACUAGGUGUGGUCAUGAUGAAAUACACCUCGUGCCUGACGGCAGAAGGUUUAAAUUUUUGUCUUCUCUCAAGUACGGUUUCGGGUGUACAAUGGUGCAUCAGGAGCAAUACCGUGCACUUCUAUCCCCGACGUAUGCAUGGUGGGUCCGCCGGAAUGCUCGAGUCUCACUUUGUUUAUUGUCUUUCGAACUGGGACAACUGGAGAAGGCUAUUCGGGACCCUUCGUAGGCUUUGCAUCGUGGUGAAUGAACUUCCUUGGCCGACCCUUCAGUAUCCCUCGCCUCGGAGUACAUUUUAAUUCAGUUUGCCACAGUGAUUGCCCAUACAAGUCUAUCCUUUCACUAUUUCUUUGACUCGGAUCUAAAAUACUGACUCCUGGCCAGCGAACCUCCUGCCUACCCAGAUGGUGUCAUAAGCACAAUGCCACAUUCGUAUAUAUCGUUUUACCCUCUACAUCUUUCUUUUUGUUUUGUCUUUUCAUUUUUUUCUUCUCUGACUCGACUUAAUUUUGCUUCGUGUUUGUGGUCGAGAAUGGGGGACAAAGGGAGAC